AUGUCCCCAUGUCCCCGUUGCAGAGCUGAGGCGCUGAGCGCGGCGCUGCCCCGGCUGCAGGGCCCCGUGCUGGAGCUGCCCGAGGCCACGCGGCGGCCGCUGGAGGAGCUGAUGAUGGAGGGGGACCUGCUGGAGGUGACGCUGGACGAGGCCCAGAGCAUCUGGCGGCUGCUGCAGGCCACGCGCCCGCCCCCGCUGGCCCUGUUCCGCCUGCUGCUCGAGCUGGAGCAGGCGGAGCGCCGGGGGGCUCGGGCCCGCGGCCGGGACCCCGAGCGGCGCCGCAAGCGCCGGGCAGAGCGGGGCGGGGGGCACCUCCUGCCCGCCCUGGCCAAGGAGGAGCUGGAGCCAAAGAGGAGUCGGGGGGCCGAGGGCGGGGGGGACCCCCGGGACAGCCCCACGGCCGCAGCCCAGACCCCGGGGGACUCGUGACGUGGCGCCCCCAGCCCGGACAGACAGACGGACGCGCCUGACACGGUGGGGAUGGACUGGGGGGGCCACCCCGGGCCCCCCCCACCCUGAGCCCCCCCCGAACCCCCCAAUUUGGAUUUGGGGGUGCUGGGGGGGGGGCUCCUCCCUCCCCCCUCCCCUCCCCCCCCGCGAUGUAAUUAUUUCAGUUGUUUCUUUUGUAUCGUUCAGCCCCGGGGGGGGGGGGAUCCCCAAAAUGGGGAGGGGAGCCCCAAAAUGGGGAGGGGGGGCCCCCAACCAGCACAGCAGGGCCAGCCCCUCCCCCACCCCUCCCGCACCGGGUUUUUUAUAGGAUUG